GUUGCUCGCUCGCGCGCAUUUUCUGCUUUCAGAAGCGCUUCCUCCGUUGACAGGCUGAGGAGAGAUUCUGUCGCUCGCACUUUCAAGCCAAAAAUCUUAAUUCAAAAUGAGGGAAAUCGUUCACAUUCAGGCCGGCCAAUGCGGUAACCAGAUUGGUGCUAAGUUCUGGGAAAUCAUCUCUGACGAGCAUGGAAUUGACCCCACUGGUGCCUACCAUGGAGACAGCGAAUUACAGUUGGAACGCAUCAAUGUCUACUACAAUGAAGCGUCUGGUGGCAAGUACGUGCCCAGGGCCAUUCUGGUCGAUCUUGAGCCCGGCACCAUGGACUCCGUCAGGUCGGGACCAUUUGGACAGAUCUUCAGGCCAGACAACUUUGUCUUCGGACAGAGCGGCGCCGGCAACAACUGGGCCAAGGGCCAUUACACAGAAGGCGCUGAGCUUGUUGACUCAGUUUUGGAUGUAGUGAGGAAAGAGGCUGAGGGCUGCGACUGCCUGCAGGGAUUCCAGCUGACGCACUCUUUGGGUGGUGGCACCGGCUCCGGCAUGGGCACCCUCCUCAUCUCUAAGAUCAGGGAGGAGUACCCCGACAGAAUCAUGAACACAUACUCAGUCGUCCCUAGCCCGAAAGUGUCAGACACUGUCGUCGAACCAUACAACGCCACCCUCUCGGUCCACCAGCUUGUUGAAAACACUGACGAGACCUACUGCAUUGACAAUGAGGCCCUUUACGACAUCUGCUUCAGGACCCUCAAGCUGUCGACACCCACAUAUGGAGACCUGAACCAUCUCGUCUCCCUGACCAUGUCCGGCGUCACCACCUGCCUCCGAUUCCCUGGCCAGCUGAACGCUGACCUCCGCAAGUUGGCCGUCAAUAUGGUGCCCUUCCCUCGCCUCCACUUCUUCAUGCCCGGCUUUGCUCCACUCACCUCCAGAGGCAGCCAGCAAUACCGCGCUCUUACUGUGCCUGAGCUGACCCAGCAGAUGUUUGACGCCAAGAACAUGAUGGCCGCUUGCGACCCCAGACACGGCCGCUACCUGACCGUUGCCGCCAUCUUCCGUGGCCGCAUGUCAAUGAAGGAGGUUGAUGAGCAGAUGCUGAACAUCCAGAACAAGAACAGCAGCUAUUUCGUGGAAUGGAUUCCCAACAACGUCAAGACCGCCGUGUGCGACAUCCCGCCAAGAGGCCUCAAGAUGUCGGCCACCUUCAUUGGCAACUCGACCGCCAUCCAAGAGCUGUUCAAGCGCAUCUCUGAGCAGUUCACCGCCAUGUUCAGGCGCAAGGCUUUCUUGCAUUGGUACACGGGCGAGGGCAUGGAUGAGAUGGAGUUCACCGAGGCUGAGAGCAACAUGAACGACCUCGUCUCCGAGUACCAGCAGUACCAAGAGGCCACCGCUGAUGAGGAUGCGGAGUUUGAUGAAGAGCCCGAAGCUGAGGAGAACUAAGGGUUUUCAUGACCAUUAAGAAGGGCUUCUUAUUUUCUUGCUGUUUCUCUACUACUUAAACAAUUGUAAAUUGAAUUGCAUUUCUGCUGCUACAGUCAUUUUUUAUUUACGAAUCUCCGCAAGAAUUGCGAUUGAUUGUGUUAUUUUCAACAUUAUUUAGCAAUAAUCCAAAGAACGAGUCUACUUGGCAGUUGACCUUCACAGCUAGGGUUUUUGUUUUGAACAUUCCUGAUUUUUCAUUAAAAUGAUAAAAGCUACCAGUGUGUUUCCAGCUCAAACCGACUUUGCUGUAAGAAUCAGUAUUUAUUUUCAAGUGCAAAUAAAUGAAUAUCUUCAGCUAA